UGUCAUCGACUCAAGUGAACUCGUUCGACAAUUUAUUUCACGGCAAAACAGGAAACUACGAAUCUACGAUGGACUCUUCUCGCAUCAGCGUAAACGAAUCUGUGACGUUUUGGUUGUACACGAAACAGCGCUCCAAGAACAGUCGAAGGCUGGUGCCUGACGACCCGAAAUCUUUGGAGUCAUCGGGCUUUGACGGUGGUAAACCGACCAAAAUUUUGAUUCACGGUUGGUUGGGCAACAGCGAAGACGAGCAGAGCAUCUGUUUGGCUUUGAAGACGGAAUAUUUCGCGUUGUACGAUUAUAAUGUGGUGUGCGUGGACUGGAGCGUGCUUGCAGUGGAUUUUCCGUACUUUACUGCUCGGAUGCGGUGCAAAGAAAUCGGAAACUAUGUAGGUGAAAUGAUAAGGACGAUGACGGAAAACACGCCUCAGACCAAUGACGAUGUACACAUAAUCGGUUUUAGCAUGGGCGCCCACAUCGCCGGUUAUGCCGGUAAACGACUUGAGGGAAACGUGUACAGAAUCACUGGCUUGGAUCCCGCUAGGCCGAUGUUCUCCAGCAAACGGCCCUCCGAGAGACUCGACCGAACCGAUGCGCAAUUUGUGGAUGUAGUGCACACGACAAGUUUGGUGUUGGGGCAGCACAAGCCGAUAGGAAUUAUCGAUUUCUAUCCGAAUGGUGGCAAUACGAAACAACCGGGCUGCGGAUACGAUUACGUGUACGGUGAGGUGUGUAGUCAUUUUAAAUCCUACGAGUUUUACGCGCGGUCCAUCCGGUCCAAAGACGAAUUCAAAUCGAUCAAAUGUGACAAAUGGAAAGAUUACGAGGAGUCCAAAUGCGAAGAUCCUAUGAAUUACACGUACUUGGGCGAAUCCGCAAAUUCAAGUCUUUCGGGCAAAUAUUAUUUGUCGGUUGUUUGAGCUGUGUCGCUGAUCGUGUAUCGAUAUAUCAUACAAAUAUUGUCCAAUAUGAUUUUUUUUUUCAAAAUUUGAUGUGUUUAUAUACAUUAAUUAAUAAUUAUAUUAUAAUAUUAUAUAUAAUCACUUUAUCAGUUUAACCAUGUUCAUUUAUGUUUUAAUUAAUACCUGUGUCUAAUAUGUUUGAUUUUACAUAGUCAUUUAGCAUUAUAUUAUUAUAAUAUUGUUAAUGCAAUCUAAACGAAUAAGGUGUAUCAUAUUAUAUUCAUAUUUACAAAUAAAUAAUAAUUAUUAUAUUUGUAUACAUUUCAAGAAGUGUAUAUUAUACUCAACAAACGGUGAUUUGUUAUUAAAAAUAUAUACAUCCACACUAUAAUGUACUAUUGAUUUAACAUAAA